AUGGCAAGCCGAGGCAACCAAAGUCGUUCUAGCGAUGAAGAACCUCGUAGAGAGCGAGAUCUUCGCGAUAUAGAGAAUGAUGAGUUGCGGCGGCAAGUCCAAAAUCUUACCGAAAGGUUGGCUCAUUAUGAACAAAACCCGAGUGAAGAGGAGGGCACCACUAAAGAAGAUCGCAACACCUUCCGUGACCAAAGUUUACGUCGUGGUAGGAGGAGUAACUCUUCUUCAUCUUACCAACAUCAUCAUCAAUUUCGAUUUCCAGACAUCAGGGUAGACAUUCCUGAGUUUGAAGAAAAAAUGCAACCCGACAUCUUUCUAGAUUGGCUUAACACUGUUGAGCGGAUCUUUGACUACAAAGAGGUCCCCGAUGAGCUUAAAGUGAAGAUUGUAGCCAUCAAGCUUCGAAAGCAUGCAUCAAUAUGGUGGGAGCGCCUCAAGUUGCAAAGAGCAAAGGAGGGCAAAACCAAGAUUCGUACUUGGGAGAAAAUGAAGAAAGAGCUUCGCAAAAAGUACCUUCCCGAAAAUUACCUUCAAGAUGCAUUUCUCACUAUGUAUCAAUUCACUCAAGGGAUGCGAACCGUGGAGGAGUACACUGAAGAGUUCGACAAUCUUAUGGUUCGUUGUGGUGUAGUAGAGGCCGAAGAGCAAACAAUAGCUCGUUACCUUAGCGGAUUGAGGCGUGACAUCCAUGAUAUGGUACACCUCCAUUUUUUUAUUUCUCUUAAUGAUGUUAUUAAACUUGCUACUAAGGUGGAACGCCAACUUCAACAACGGCGAGAAAAGGGUUUAACAAAUGCUCCUGGAGGCCGAAAUUUCAAGCAUGAGGGCAUUCCUAACCGGGGGAGUGCAUCGCAAUCUCAUUCAUCUUCUACAUCUAAGCCAACCACUAUGGUGAAAAAAGAUGCUUCAUCUUCUUCUCGGCCAACAUCAUCUCGACCUCAAUGUUUCAAGUGUUCUGGCUAUGGGCACAUUGCUUCUGAGUGUCCAAAUAGAAGAGUGGUUUCUCUUGCCGAAGAAGGUGAUAGUGAAGAAAAUGAGUCAGAUUCUAUAUAUGAUGAAAUUGAAGGAGACAUCACAUAUAGUGAUCAUGGUAAAGCUCUUGUGGUCCGUCGAACCCUGAAUUCAAUACGAAGCGAAGAUGAUCACAUGUGGCUCCGGCACAACAUCUUUCAUACUCGAUGUACGGCUCAUGGCAAAAUUUGCAAUGUUAUUAUCGAUGGAGGAAGUUGCGAGAAUUGCGUCUCAAUGGAGAUGGUGGAAAAGUUGAAACUCAAGACAAAACCUCACCACCACCCAUAUUCUCUUUCUUGGCUCAAGAAAGGAAAUGAGGUAAAAAUUUUCCAACGUUGCCUUGUUCAAUUUUCAAUUGGAAAAAAUUACCGUGAUGAAAUAUGGUGUGACGUGGUUCCUAUGGAUGCUUGCCAUUUACUUUUGGGGAGGCCAUGGUUAUUUGAUAGAAGGAUUAUUCAUGAUGGAUAA